AUGGGGUUAGAUCUAAUUGGUCCGAUGCCAGAGGGCAAGGGUCAGGUCAAAUAUGCUGGGGUUGCCGUGGACUACUUCACCAAAUGGGUAGAAGCCAAAGCCUUGGCGACAAUAACGGCAGCCAGAAUCGAAGAUUUCGUCUGGACGAACAUUUGUUGCCGAUUCGGCAUCCCCUACGCCAUCGUCACGGAUAACGGCAGGCAGUUUGAUUCGGAAGUCUUCAGAGAAUUCUGCAUCCGACUCAAGAUCAACCUGUUCUUUGCUUCGCCAGCUCACCCCCAAUCGAACGGCCAGGUCGAAGCAUGA